AUGUUAUUCACUAUCCUAUUCGCAAUCUGGACAAUCAUCGGCACAGUGUCAAUGGCCCACUUAAUCAAGGAGAUCUCAUAUGGAGAAGCAUUGUUUUUUUGUAUUGUCACAUUCCUAACUAUUGGAUUUGGAAGUAUUGUUCCCACAUCAGCUGGAGGAAGAUCGAUGUGUAUGAUAUUAUCAAUUGUUGGGGUGAUCAUAAUGGGAUUGAUUGUAGCCACUUUACGUGCUGUUGUUUUAUCCCUGGCGGGUCCUGCCAUAUUUUGGCAUCAGAUUGAAAAAGAGAGAUUGAGGACUUUGACAAAAUUGGAAAAACAAGGGAAGUGGUUGACUCCAGAUCAAGCGUUUCAUAAGAUGAGAAUUAUCAGGAAAAGGGUGAAAUGGAGACAGACUAAUUUUAGUUUAGUAUUGACAAUUGUGAUAUUUAUUGUGUUUUGGUUAUUGGGAGCAGUUGUAUUUUGGGUAAGUGAAGAUAGUGGGGUUAAUAAUGAUUGGACAUAUUUCGAAGCGGUAUAUUUCUGUUUUAUGACCUUGUUAACUAUAGGAUAUGGAGAUUUUGUACCGACUACAAGUUUUGGUAAGAUAUUUUUCGUAUGUUGGGCAAUCGGAGCUGUUCCAUUGAUGACUAUUUUAGUAUCUAAUUUGGGUGAUAAAUUAUAUGACUUAUUUAAUCAUAUGAGUUUUCUAUUUCUGAAAUGGGUAUUCAAAAGUGGAGAGGAAGAAUAUGAAGUGAAUCAAUUUAAAAAGAAUCAACAAAAAGAAUAUCAAUCAUCAACUGACGUUUCUACUGUGAAUACAGAAAUGGUUGAACGUGAAGAAAGAGAUGAAGAAGAAGAAAUGUCCACAUUGGAAGAAGGCGAUGAUCCAAAUGCAGUAUUAAAGAAUCUUUAUGUAAAAGCUAAUCCUCAAUUUCAAAGAAAGUUAAGCAUAUUAAAGAACUCAACCAUUAAUAGAGUAAAUGAAAAGAAAAAGAUUCAUGAAGAUUUAUUAAUAUUUCUUGAGAAAUUAAAACCAUUAAUUACAGAUUCAAUUGAAAAUCCAUUUAUGAAAUACCUGCAUAAAAAAUGGAAAGAAAUUUUAGAAGUUUUAGAUCAGGAUGAAAUUGACGCAAUUAAUAUUUCAAAGAUUGAAAAGACUCCAGAUGGGUUCUGGUUAAGUGAUAAUUCCCCCUUGAGAUUACCUUUAAAAGAACCUAACUAUCUUAUUUUAAGAAUAUAUUUUAAAAUUGAAGAAAGUUUAAAAGAUCUUGUUGAUAAUGAAAUUGAUACUUUAGUAAGAUUGGAAGAUUUUCAUUCAAAUGGUACAACAUCAAAAGUAGAAUUUUCUGAUAAUUAA